CGUGUGCGUGUGUGAGUGUGUGUGGAGGAGAAAUUACGGGAAAGAGAGGCCGCUCUGUUGUGGAGGAGGAAUAGGCGAUCGAAAACACAACAGAGAGGAUCUUUUGCUUCGAUUUGAGCGUUUUUUUUUGCAGAGGAUGCUGUGUAUCGGUUCUCUCUGCGUUUGACUGAUUCUGAUUUUGGACCUGGGACCUUCGUGUAUCUAUGGGCUCGGUGGGCGCAUCUUUCGCCUCCCGAUAGGACAUAACGGGCAGGGCUGCCUUCUAAUCCUUAUUUAUUUCGCUCUCUCUGCGCUGCAACUUUGGGAGAAACGUGAUCGAGAGGCAGCGAUAACAGCGGGCUGAUCAUGGAUUAAAACCCGAGUGAAUUUUCAUCUGAGAGGUUCCCAAUGUUGAACAUGUCCACCCCCAGCGAGCUGAAGUCUCCCUGUGUGACUCGCAACGGUAUGGUGAAGUUGCCCCCCAGCCAGCCCAAUGGACUGGGCAGUGCGAGUAUCACCAAGGGGACACCUGCUGCCAAGAACCGUCUGUGCCAGUCCUCCUCAGUACCCUCAAUCCUGCCUCCUCCACCCUCCUCCCUGCCCUACCACCACCACCACCACCUGGAUGGCCCUAGCAUGCACAACUCAGCAGCCUCUCUGCUGGGCUCUGACAUGGAGCCUGGAAUGCCUCUGGUGGGCUUGAAGCCGUCCCUUCGUCAGCUUCCCCCUCUCACUCUCCCCAAACCUAUGCUGCUGGAGCGCCAGCUCGUCCUGGAUGAGAAGCUGCUUAACCGAUUGCUCUGGUACUUCACCACAGCUGAAAAAUGUGUGCUGGCGCAGGUUUGCAAGACAUGGCGCAAGGUGCUGUACCAGCCCAAGUUCUGGGAGGCUGUGUCACCCAUCUUGCAUGCCAAGGAGCUAUAUACCCUCCUGCCCAAUGGGGAGAAGGAGUUUGUCAGUCUGCAGGCCUUCGCCCUGCGUGGCUUCCAGUCGUUCUGCCUAGUGGGCGUCUCAGACCUGGACAUUUGUGAGUUCAUUGACAACUACCCGCUGUCCAAGAAAGGUGUUCGCUCAGUCAGCCUCAAGAGGUCCACCAUCACAGAUGCCGGUUUGGAGGUCAUGCUGGAGCAGAUGCAAGGCCUGAUGCACCUCGAACUGUCAGGCUGCAAUGACUUCACAGAGGCCGGCCUGUGGUCCAGUCUGAACGCCCGGCUAACUUCCCUCAGCGUCAGUGACUGCAUUAAUGUGGCGGAUGACGCCAUCGCUGCCAUCUCACAGCUCCUGCCCAACCUAUCAGAGCUGAGCCUGCAGGCCUACCACGUCACUGACACGGCCAUGGCCUACUUCACAGCCAAACAGGGCUAUACCACCCACACUCUGCGGCUUCACUCCUGCUGGGAGAUCACCAAUCACGGUGUGGUCAACAUGGUGCACAGCCUCCCCAACCUGACGGCCCUCAGCCUCUCUGGCUGCUCCAAGAUCACUGACGACGGUGUGGAGCUGGUUGCUGAGAACCUGCGUAAGCUCCGCAGCCUGGACUUAUCCUGGUGCCCUCGGAUCACUGACAUGGCCCUGGAGUACAUCGCCUGUGACCUGCAUAAACUGGAAGAGCUGGUGCUGGACAGGUGUGUGCGGAUCACAGACACUGGGUUGGGCUACUUGUCCACCAUGUCAUCAUUAAGGAGCCUCUAUCUGCGUUGGUGCUGUCAGGUGCAAGAUUUCGGUCUGCAGCAUUUGUUUGGAAUGAGGAGUCUUCGCCUACUGUCUCUUGCAGGCUGCCCCCUGCUGACCACCACCGGCCUGUCCGGCCUCAUCCAGCUGCAGGAGCUGGAGGAGCUGGAGCUCACUAAUUGCCCCGGAGCCACCGCCGAGCUCUUCAAAUAUUACUCCCAGCACCUGCCCCACUGCAUGGUCAUUGAGUAAGACCUCUGACCGACCCGCCCGCCAUACUUCUACCUUCCUCCUCCUUACUCUUCAUCACUCUUUCCUCAAAUGCUAGACGGAACUGCUCCUACCGUACCGCACCGCUCCUCAUUACCUGCUCCCCUUCCUCGCCCGUCUUCCUCCACACCCCAUUGAGUAGACUGACCCACAGGCGGACAGAGAGGCAGGAAGGCAGAUGAUGGAACAUGUCGGACCCAGAGGAUGAUGGGAUGGCAUCUGAGCUCCAUUUAAGAAGAUGCUGGAGUGGAGAGCUUGGUGCGACGUCUUGUCUGACAGCAAGUUUCUUUUUCAGAAUCAACAAAAGGUUUUUUGUGGAGAGCUUCUCUAAAGACUUUGAGGAUUUUUUUUUAAGCUGAAUGGAUACUGAAGGGAGUGACAUGCACAUAUCCAGAUGCAGCAGAGAGGAAUUAGGAAAAGGGAAAUACAGACUUGUGUUUGAGCUGGUGGAACCAUGCGCUCAUACACUGUAAACACACUCACACAUACUGUAUAUGGUAAGUGCAACUCAAGACCACGAGAACUGACGUUUCUAUUUCCAUCACUCUGUGUAAUAUAACUGCUGUUAUUUUUUUUCUUAGAAGGUCUCAAAGGUUCAGUGUUCUCUUGUUUAGAGAGAGACAGCAUAUGCCAGCUGGAGAAACAGGAAUUAGAGAGAACUAAAGAUGCAGAUCAGGAAGUGAACGACAGGGAUGGAACUUUUCUCUCUCUUUCUUUUUCUCCCUUCCUCUGUGUGUGAAGUGUGUGUCAUGGACUCACAGGUUCCCAUCUGGUGGGCUACCACCACCUUUUUCCAUUUCUGUGUCUGAUCAGAAAUACAAAAAAAGGAGAAAAAUUUGAAAAACAACAGUUUACAUUUCUUUUUGUGUUGGAGUUUAUUGGCUCAUCGUUUCACUUUCCCCCCCGGCUUCUUCAUUUUUUGUACACAUAUUAUUUAUUUUACAGAUCUGGAGGAUAAGCUGUCGUAAACUGUGAAUGUUGUGUAUUUAAAAGGGGAAAAGUGUCGCUCAGGCAGUGCAACAUGAACAAGCAGCCAGUCAAAUGGAAAGCUUUCACUGCUUGAGAGUUUCUGCUGAGGAUCAAAUGCUUUUCUCUCACAUGGUGAAUAGAAAAUAAUCAUGAAUAGAAAACAAAGUGACAGUGAUGAAUUGAUAUUUCUGGACUCCAACUAAUAAAUAGCAUCAGUUAGCAGGGGGAGUUCUGCAGGCGACCUUUCUGUUGGUAAGGUAGUUUUAUCCAAAUUGAGGGAGAUCUGGUUUUGUAAUUAACCUCUUCUUUCCAUCUUUUAAAUGCUGAUGGUUGUGAUAGAAACACAUGAUAUUUGGUGUUUGAGUUUGAACGUAUGUGGUUCUGAAGCUGCUAAUGCAUUGUGUGACCCCCUUGGCUAAGGUCAGGUUACUUCAAAGAUUCAAAGGGAGGCUCUGGGAUUUCAGUAUUUAAUAUUAAAGCAGUGCUUACAGUUUCCAUUACAGACACAGAAUGAACAGUAGCUGAGGGCCUUUUAAAAACAGUUUGUGGGAAUUUUACAAAGUUUCCUACAAACCCAGAGUCAGAGAAACAUAUGAAUGGCCUUUUAAGUUUAUGUCUAGCCUAUCUUAGCACAAUAAGUUGAUGUCAAUGGAAUCACGUUACAGCUCCUUUUAGUCCUCAGCGCUAAAAUGGCAGGUCAAACACUAAAUGUUUGACCUGCCAUUCACUAGUUACAAUCCUCAUUUACAUUAUAACUGAGAACUGCAAACUUUUAGAGGCAUGUAAUAACACAUUAUGUAACCACACAUUAUGUAACAACACUGCAAUAUGUAACAAAAUGUUAUAUGUGUUCACUUCAUUAAGUAAUAACACAGAUAUUUUGUUAUAAAUGUCCUCAGCAUUUUGUAAUAAUUACAUUUGACAUUACAUAUUGCAGUGGUUAUUACUAAAUGCGUGGCCUGCACAUUUUUUUAUUAAUAAAUGCAUUAUGUAAUAACCAACCAAAAUGAAUGUCUUUAUCUGUACACGUUAUGCUUUAGGAAGGUUGAUGCUGUCACACUUGAUGAAAGAUAAUCUACUGAACUAAUUGUUUCUUCAAAAAAUAAUUGUGAGUCAGUAUGAUUAAUGCUUGAAUGCAUAAAAUAAACAUUAUUGUUAUAAUGUUAUAAUGAUUUUUAUUAAUGAAGACUUUUGGUUGGUUAUUACAUAAUGCAUGUAUUAUUACAUGUUCACAAGUGCAGUGUUGAAGGUUGAAUGCAGCAUGUACCACCUCUAACCUGAAGCUAAUCUAACAUUUGACUAGAUGGAGCCUGGCGAUGUGGGACGCAGUGAAGAAGGACAGUUCAGCUUUAUUUCCACACCUCCAGCCAUCGGUUAUAUUAGUUAUACUGACACUAACUAAGAGACAAACCAACACGCAGACUUAUUUGAAAGAAUAGUUGAAGGUGAAUGCUACAUUUACUAACCAAACCCCAAGUUGUAAAAUAUGUUUUCUUAGCCCUUAGAUUCCACAUCCACAGACUGAGCUAAGCUAGACUGAGCUUUGUAUUUAACAUGCCUUUGUGCUGCUAAACUGGCACAAUAAGGCAUCUGUAAGUGUGUCUGACCCUGGGUACGUAGGCAACAUUGUUAAGCUUCCAAUAAACCAGAGUAUUUAUUUACCUUGGAAAUAAGUUAUUGAGAGUAAAAACCGAUCAUUUCCGACCGCGAUCACCUGACAUUAAAAGGAAAUGAAGGAGCCCAGCAGUGAGCCACUGUGCUGCUCUUUGCCUCUUGUGUGUCCUCAGAUGUGCUGACUGCCAACUGAAAGGAUGGAUCAGUGUCAGCCAGUAUUAGGUUGUGCCAAAUGCAUCUUCAGCAGCGCAUAAAAUGUGUCUGCUUGCCCCUCGCUGAUCGCUGACUGCACUGAAACGGACUGAGUGACUGAACGGAGUGUGUACUGUUCGGACAUGGCAGACCAUGCAUGUUUUAGUUGGUCUGCGUUGUGUUUCAAGAAGGCUCAUUUUAGAGGUUGUUCUGAAUCUCUUCAUUGUACAUAAGUAUAUUUAUUUAUUUAUUUAAAUUAAUUUGUGUCUUAUUUAUGUGAUUUAUUUAUUGAAAAGACAUUCUUCAAAGGAUUUUGUUUUAUGGAACUUGCUUCAAAUUUGGGACUGAAUUAGCUUAUGCAUUGAUUGCUGGUGGUUUUUUUCCUAUUAUAAUUUUCUGACAUUUCAGACCCCUAAGUGAAAUAAUCUACUUAUUACACAUUUAACAUACACUUGUUUAGACACCAGUGACCAUAACCAUCAUUAACACUGACUUAAAGUUUUUAAAUCGUCAAAAUGCGCAAGAAUAUAUUUUCCUCUGUGCAAGUGAGUGUCGACUUUGUAUAGCUGUUGGUCCAUCAUUAAGAAAACGGGGGCAAACAGUGGUGACGAGUUAUAUUUAUUGUCAGUGUCCUGAAUGUGGAAAUACAGAGUAUGAUAUACAUAAAAACAUUUGAAGUCUGAGAUUGACCUCUGUCAUUGCUAAGCGAUGUUUACACUGUCUAUAAAGAUGACAAAGGUAAGAUCUCUGAAUAUGAGGAUUCUAUGGAAGCUUAUUUCUGACAAGACUAAUGAAAAGAAAAACACGCAUACAAACACGUUUUGAGCAUGAUCCAGCUUCAGCACCAGCUCACGUGCUAUAGUUUGCGAGAGCUUAAGACUUUAUUGGAACUAUAUGGUGAUACAUGAUGGCAAGCAUGCUGCAAUACUGUUUCUCUUAUUACUUUUAAUAUCCAGGGUGGAUACACCUUACUUUACAUACAUACACCUGUAGCCAAGAGUCUCGUUGUUUUUAGUUUGGCUGCAUCUGGUACAGUUCUACUAAAGUUUUAGUUUGGGAGAUUUAAGACUAAAAGGCCCCAAUAAAGACAAACAAGUGGCAUUUAUUUAUUUAAAAUUCAAUUUAGUUCUUAAUGACUAAACAAAAUGGUUUUCAUUAUCAAACCUAACAGUUGUUUACAUUAUCUUCUAUUUAAAAUGACAGUGUCAGCAUGCAAACAUUUUCAUGUGCAAAAAUCUAGUUAUUUUAAAUAUGAAUAUUACAGAGGGGUCGAUAGUUGGCCCCAGCCGGACUCCAUCACCCUAACAACAGCUGUUUCCUCACAGUCUUAUUACUGAUCUCUUUCAGUAUUUUUGUUUUAAUGAGCUUCCAAAGGAUUCAAAUGUAGGUUUACAUAUCAUGAACUCUGACAUGCACAGCCAUGCAUUUCUCAGCUCCAAACAACUAACAACAAACCUAUACAGGUACAUUAUCGAAGGUACAUUUUCUAAGGCUAAUAAUUCCGUUCACUUCUAUUAUUGUCUACAGUCUUUGGUCUGCAUCUGUCACCAUUUUGUUACAACCCUUGUACAGCACAACUUUAAGUAAGCAGUAAAAUAAAUACUGACAGUUUACUGAUGAUGUGUAAAUUGGAAGAAUGUGUGUGCUCUUUCGGUUUCAGUGUGUUUAGCCAACCUGUGCCUGUACUGAUCUUACUUUGACUGAAGACCAUCUUUGCACUAAUG